AUGUUAAGUGAACAAUAAAUUUUAUAAAUAGUCUUAGCUGCUGAUGGCAUAGUACUACACUUUCAAUUUUACAUCACUAACGAGAAAUUAUAUUUAAUUUUAGGGUUAUCCUCAGUAGUUUUCCACGCCAUAAUAUUUCUAAUCGAACAGAUGAUAAGAAAAUAGCUAUUGAAGAUGUUUCUUAAUGUACUUAAAUUAGCAUAAAUAUUUAUUGUUUCCUAAAUGUUGUAUGAAUCUUGGAUGAUAUACGCAGGAAUUUAAAUAGUUUGCAUACUUAAAUUUAACUAAAAACUAACAAGAUUAAUCAUAUUCACAUUAUUUUGUAUUCAUUCAACAUUCCUGACUUUUGACGAUAUGAAUUAUUUGGCUACUGGAAUCGUGAGAAAUUGCCUAUGUUACAUUUUGCUUCUAAGUUUAUUUAAAAGACAAUCUUACACAACUGAUUAAAUGGAAGGGAUCUUCAAGUAAUUAAGUUCUGAUAUUUUGAUCAUUCUGGAUGAUAAUUUUAUACCAGAAAACGAGUAAGAGAAUUUUCAAAGCAUCAUGAAUGAUUAUAUUCUAAGGAGUUCUGAUGAAAAAAGUGACCGUAUUAUUACAAACAGGGAGUAAAUUACCGUUGGUAUUCAGCCAAAAUUAAUAGAUGAAAGAAAUACUUUUCAAUUCAAAGAAAUUUUCAAUCACCUAAAAACUACAUUAAAUAAUUGGUCAGAUCAAUCCUAUGAAACACAAUCCAGUCAUAUUAUAGCGGUUAAGAAAGUAUUCAUUAACGAGAGCAUCAUUUAGACCAAUCAUUUUAAGUGUUUAGCAAUGUAAUAAGAUUACUUUUUCAUUCUUUAAAAAAAGGUCAAACCCAACUUUACAAGAUUAGAGCCUUAAGUAGACAAUGCUAAAGAAAACUUGAAAAUUCUAAGCAAAGUAUCACAUGAUAUGAGAACUCCUCUGAAUGCAAUUAUCAACAUGUAGUUAUGUUUAAAGGAUUAAAUAGACAAAGCUCUUUCUGAGAGAUAUUUAAAACCAUCCCUUAAUUCUUGUAGAUUACUAUUGAAUUUGGUUAAUGACAUAUUAGAUUAAGCUCAACUUCAAAAUAGGAAAAUUCGAUUGGUAUUCAAAAAGUUUAAUUUGAAAAAGCUUAUCGAUAAAACAAUAUCGAUAUUUGACAUUUAGAAAGAGAAAAAAGAAUUAACCAUUAUAUUAAAAUAUGAGAACGAUGUACCCCAGUUUAUAAAUAGUGA